AUCCGCCGCACAGUUCCCCUCUAAAAAGACCCUGCCUCAUGCCCUCCCUCCAAAUGGAGGCAUACAUCACCCUCCUCACAAGCAACUCCUAUGCCAGCGGUGCCCUCGUCCUCGCCCACUCCCUCCGCGCUACAAACACCUCAAAGCACCUUGCGGUCCUCGUCACCACCUCCGUCUCUCGCCCCAUCCGCGACCGACUCGCCGCCGUCUUUGACGCGCUCAUCGAAAUCGGCGAAAUCAACUCCCAUGCUACCAAAAACCUCCAGCUCCUUGGCAGGCCCGAACUCGGCGUCACCCUGACCAAGAUCCAUGUCUUCAACCAGACCCAGUAUUCCAAGGUCGUCUUCCUCGACGCAGACACCCUCGUCCUUAAGAAUCUCGAUCAUCUCUUCGACACGGCCGCCAAUGGGUCCAUCGAGGAUCAGGACCGCAACAAGAGGUUUGCGGCUGCGCCCGAUGCUGGCUGGCCCGAUUGUUUCAACUCUGGUGUCUUUGUCUGCCGCCCCUCUUACAAGGACUACACUGGCUUAAUCGAGAUGGCAGGCCAGCAAGGCACAUUCGAUGGGGGCGACCAAGGUCUACUCAACAGCUACUUUAGCGGAUGGUCUACAGGAGAUUCCAGCAAUCGACUUCCCUUCCUGUACAACACCACGCCCACCUCUGUUUACAGCUACGCUCCUGCAUUCCAACAGUACGGGGACAAGCUGGCCAUUGUCCAUUUCAUCGGGUCUUUCAAGCCCUGGCAGUGGCUCCGCUUCGCAGACGGAACCGUGUUUCCUCGGAAUACGUCAUCUACGGAUUCGAUUACCCUUGUGCAGAAAUGGUGGGGUGUCUUCGAUCACUAUGUUGGCGGCAAGCCUUCGGAUAUUCAUGAGGUCUCACACGGCUACGACCUGCCUCCGCAGAGUCAGUGGGAUAACGUUGGCUUGGAUGGUCAGUCUAAAAAGCCCGAGUCAGAGAAAAAGCUCCAUUACGACGGAUGGUUCCAGCCAUAUGAGCAGCAACAACCCAAACUGGCUCCCGCUGGGAACCAUUUUCAGAACCAUCAGGAACAUAAUGGAUCGCUUCAACACGAGACUGCUGAAAAGAAGAACCAGCAGCAGCAUGAGAAGGAACAGGAGCGUCAGGGAUCAACACACGAGGCCCGGUAUUCGCAUAACCCACACCAUCUCACUGACUACCACUACCAGCCGGAACUCGAGUCCGAAACUGCGCCCCAUCAUCGGUAUCAUCACAACCGACAUGAUAGCGGGUUCGGCGUCCCUGCGGGCUAUCAAAACGCGUGGGAUCUCGAUGAAGAUCCUCGAAUGCUGCAUCCGCCCUUGUACUACGAAAAAGCGAUCGACAUUGAGGAAUCCAAUUUCCCAGAGGCAACUUCUUCCUUUCCCUCCGGAAAGGGUCGCCCCGUCUUUCCCUGGGAGCACGACCAUUCUUCCACAGCGAGGAUUAGGAGCCGCAAUUCUUUUACCGACAGUAGCACCGGUACGAGAACACCUUCGAGAGUAUACUACAACUACACAGCCAGCGCACAGGAGCGACAGGAAUACUUUGAAUGGGAAGCAGCGAGACAGCUCGCGUAUGAAAAGUUCAUGCGGGAACAGCAUCGCAUGCAGUUCGACGCUCAAUACGAGCGCGAUAGGAUCAUAGCAGAGGCUCAAGCUCGGGUACAGGACCACAAGGCCAUGGAGAACAUCAGAUUGGUCAACGCCUGGGAUGUCGACCUAGGCGUCCAGAUUUCGAUCCUGCAGCGGAGCGAACGAUCGAAACCGUCCCGACCUGGCACAAGGAACCCGAGUCGUAGGAACAGUGUGGUACUCGCGAGGGGUAAGCAACUGCAGGAACAGUACGAAGCAGAGCUGGUGCAGCAACAACGCGAGGAGGAGGUCCGAUGGCAUAGGGAGCAGGGAGAGGCGCGACUCAAAGAGGAGGAGGAACGGAUCGAAAAGUUGAAACAGCAGACCUUGAGUCGUUCAAGAAGAGUGACGGCCACAGUAGCAGAGUCGGGAUAUGUGUUCAGGAACGCUUGGGACCCACCAGAGGUGACUCUGCACAAGAAAAAGAUCAGCAUCCAGGAUGAAGAAGUGGCCCUGGCCCUGCCUCUUCGUCAGCAUCGACAACGUCUCUCGAUCGGGGCCCAGGACACAAGCGGAUCGGAUGUCACGGCAAUAGCCCUGGAUGGGUCUAGUGCUGUUGAUAUGAAUGGAUCAGAAUCGACCCAAGAGAGGCGCAUCAAUGUGCGCUCGUCAGUGGCCGUCAAGGACCACCAAGUCAGGGCCACGUCGUCGUCAUCCUCCCAAAGAAUGACACUUUCGGGGUCUCAUCGCAUCAGCACCACUGUUACUUCCACCACCACCCACAGAAGAUUCAAGAACGGGGUCGAGGUCGAGUCCACGACUAACAGCGGCUCCACUACUGGAGAAAUCAUGUCCGAAACCCCUGCUGGAAUGCACUCUCUACCUUUCUUUGCGCACGGCCAUCAGUCCAUGUCCCAGAGCACAGUUCAGGAACCAAGCCGUCUAGUAAUCGGGUUCCACACACACACUGGUCCAGCUCCAGCUUCAAAUCCAGAGGGAGGAUACCAGAGCGCACUAUCCUCGUCUGAGGACACCCAGCCCGACAAUGGCAAGGACCCCAAGAACAAAGGUGGUGCUGGUCCAUUGUCCGUUGAUAUCCGAGCCGCUACCAGUACCUGGGACAUCAUCGAGACACCAACGGGAACCGAUUAUGAAUUCUCUGAAGAGAGAUACACCCACGCCGCACUACCCCUCGGAUCCCCUUACAUGCCUUCGACACCCUUGGUCUCAAUGGCCACUCAUCGUUACGGUGUAGGAAUGGCUUCUGGAUCCUUGAGCAGGCCCGGAAGCCAACCGACCACGCCUGGGUCCUCAAACUCAUCACAACGGCUACCUAGUCCACACAGGGAUACGACGCAUUUUAGGGAUGUGGGGGAGACUAGUCCUCAAUCGCGAGCAACAGCUGCAUCGUAUGGUUAUCAGCAGCAGCAGCAGAGACAGUCGCAUCGGGGGAGUCAUGCAGAGGACGGGUUUUCGAAUUACAAGGUCGAGUGGAAUUGGAAGGAGCUCACGGGUAAGAAGCCGAGAGACUGGAGCUCGGAGGAAGGUCAAGAGCGGUAUGACCCUUAUAGCGCACUCUCGAACCAUGGAUCGUCUGCUGGUUCGGACGACGACGAGCUACAAGAUAAUACAGAUCUGCCGAUGGACGACGAAGACUCGGACGAGGAGGAAGUAACUCUCCAGGACCGUGGGGUGGUGCAUGUGAGAAAAGAAGUGUCGUUGUCGUCAUUGUCGAUCGGAGAGGCUUCGGAAUUCGCACAAGAGUCGGGUUUCGUGAUCCGGGGAGGCAAGAUCGCAAGGAGGAGGAGUAGUGCUGCCAUGGACCUGCGUGAAUUGAACAUAGUAAGGAGCUAACGCGUAGGACUUGCUUGCGAUUAAGGUUUUAGGCGCC